AUGGAAGAGAUGUUGAGUUCAUCAACAACAACAAUCAAUUCUUCCAAUAUAGGGUUUCAGCUAUUGAAGAAGCAGGGUUGGAAAGAAGGGACUGGCCUUGGGAUCUCUGAGCAGGGUAGAUUAGAACCUGUGGAAACUCAUGUGAAGAAUAAUAAGCGGGGUUUGGGAGCAGAUAAAGUGAAGAAAAAGAUAGUGAAACCUGAUCAUGGUGCUGAUUCCUCUAAAGGAGACAAUAAGCAGGAAGAUUUGUCUAAAAAGAAAACCAAAGCACUUUCUAAACGGAUGAGAAAGAUGCAGGAGUUAGAAAAGAAGAUGCAGGAGAAGGAGUUUGAGCGCGCUUUCUUUAGAGAGUUCUGGCCUGACAAUGUAUGA